AUGGAUUACAGACGAAAGAGGAAACUUUCUAUGGUUACAAUUGGACUGCUGUUUUUCCUGAGUGGUGUUGAGUAUGCGGUUAUCCUCCCCACUAUAUGGAGGUAUCUGCAGAUCCUCGAUGCACCGCCGUACUUCCUGGGACUCGGCCUGUCCGCGUUCAGUUUCAGCGGACUCGUGACGGGGCCGUUAUUCGGGCGCUGGUCUGAUAGAACCCGCGCGACAAAGACCAUCAUCCUUUUCUCGAACCUCUUUGAGAUUGUAGGAAACUUCAUGUACUUCAUCGGCUACUCAAAGUGGCUUCUCCUGUCCAGUCGAUUCGUUGCAGGAGUCGGCGCUGGCGCAGGUUCGUCCCUGUUCGGCUUCCUGACGAGGACGACCAUCCCCGAAGAACGAGCCGGGGUGUUUGCCGCUGUGAUGGCAUCGCGCCAAGCCGGACUUCUGAUCGGGCCUGCUUUUAACAUUUUCCUGCGUUUGUGUGAUUUUCACCUGGGGCCGUUCAUCGUGAACAAGUACACUGCCCCUGGGCUCUUCAUGUGUGCCAUGUGGCUGGUGCUCCAGGUAGCCGUGGUUUUGCUGUACUGGGACGUCCCUCCUCUGGACUCCGUGCCUGAGAUGUACACUGCCCUCCGCUGUGUUAGGGAGGAAGUGUGCUCGCGGGGCGAGGACGAUACAACAGGGUCAGGAUCCUCCACCAUGCUGCUAUCUGAACAGACUGAGGCGCAGCUUUCAGGCGAACUCGAGCCAGACGAGCUCGGAGCAACACCUGCCUCAGAUAGCCCUCGCUCCCUGGAUGACCCCUUUGAGAAGUUCAGUGCCAGCCAAGAGUUCCUCAGGGAGGAGGUGGUGGUUCUCCUGACUGCACAGUUCAUCACGCUUUUUAAUCAGACCGCACUCGAGACCAUGGUGACACCUUUGACGCAGAAGUACUUUGGGUUCGGUGAGCUUGGCAACAGCGUGAUGUACGGCCUGUGCGGCAUCGAGGUGAUCAGCGGGUUCUUCCUCGUGCGCUGGCUGAGCCGCAUCCUGGAGGAGCGUGUGCUACUCGUCGCCGGCCUGCUCGUGAGCUUCGUGGCCUGCAUCUGGUGCCUCGUCUUCCUCGCCGACCCCAAAGGUGGCUUUGCUCUGGAGCUGACCGAGUUCAUUAUUGGCGUGUUCCUGCAGCUGCUGGGGCUUCCCUUCGUUGCCGUGUCCCAGGUGUCCCUCUUCUCCAAAGUCACCGCAGAGAAGACGCAAGGCUUUAGUCAAGGUGUACGGCGGUCUGUUGGAGGUCUUGCCACCAUCCUGGGGCCGCUUUGGGCUGGUGGUUUAACUGGAAACUUGUAUGUGAUGCUGGGGAUGAUUCUGUUCCUCCUCACACUCAUCAUGAUUAUGAUGGCGCUGUCCUAUGAGAAACUGGUGGAGCCGCCCGUGGUGCAGCAUGCAGACGACCCUGAGAGCGAAGCAUAGCAGAAGAAGAAGCCGCACUCAUCCGCACUCCAAUCU